UCCCUUUCACAGAUACAAAACUCCAUCUUCCUCUAAUCUCCACCGCCAUCCGCCGCUACACCAGAAAUCACGCUUUAUCUUUCUCUGCACCGUCGAACGAACCUUUUGAUCCAUGUUCUCCUUUCCCUCUUCGCCGUCGUUCCGUCUCGACGCGUCAUCUUCCACGGCGUUUUUCCAUUCUCGAUCUCUCCUCCUUCUCGCAUUGCAACUCAUUCCUCCCUUUGAUUCAUUCUGGAAUUUGAAUCAUUUCUAAGUUUCAUAACACUUCUUCUCAGAGAUGAAUUUUGUUAAGUUAGUUGGCUUGUAUUUGCUGGUUUGAUCAACUGUUUUUGUCAAAAUUCACUUCAAUUUUGUUGUGGUUUGCCAUUAUAGGGGCGGCGCUGAGAUUGAACAAAAGUGACGGCGUCGACUGCGGCGGAGAUGAGAAGAAGAGGAGUUCCGUAUCAGAUGAGAAGGGGAAAGUUACUGGGAGAUGCAUUUUCAUUUUAACCAAACAAAUAGUAAUUUUUCAGCCAUUGGAUUAUCUUUUUGACACAUGUCACACAUCCAUGUAAUUAAUGGAUUAAAUGGAGAAUAGGCUAAAUGGAGGCAACCUGGACUCAGCAAAACUUGGGUAAUUGGGUUGCAGGGUAAAAUCCUAUUUAUCCUAUCAAAAAAGAAAAGAAAAGAAAAACACUUCCCAGCAAAAAGACACUUCUCACACACCCUCACUCACCGGAAAAGCUUCGACCAGUGACUACCACCACUCGCCUCUCACCACCGGCCGCCACCUUUCUCUCUCUCUCUCUCUCUCUCUCUCUCUCUCUCUUCUCGGCCGAAAAGCUCUUUCACCGGAAAAGCAAGUCGACCACCACAAAAGCUUUUUCUAUCUCCUUCUCCCAUUUGUCUCUCACUCUGUAUUCUCUCUACGCGACAGGCAGGCACGGAAAGCUUGAAAUGAGUGCUACAGAAAAUCCAAAGAAAGUUGGUGCUCCCCCAAUUGUCAAGUUGAAUAAGGCCUUGAAAUUGGCUGAGGUAUGGGUAAAAAAUAUGAGCAGAUCUGCAGACGAUGAAACACCAAGUGUGGAUACAGAGGGUCGACCUCAAAGGCUUGGUCUAGGUGCAAAAGUUUCACGGCAAACCAAAGUAGGGCCUUCAAAUGACCCUGUUGAAAGGAAAUUGAAUGCCAAAUUAGAUGCUGAAAAAAGAAAAGCAGCCAAUAUUGCCAAAGAGUGUACUACAAUUGCUAGUGACGACGAUGAUGAAGACAACGAAGAUGAAAGCAGAACUAAUGCUUUUUCCAAGAGGAAGGCCCCGGCUCCUUUGACCCGGCCUAUGCCGGGAAAUAAGAAGCCGAAGUGAUACUAAUAUGAAUAAUGCAAGGCUUUGCGUUAUCGCAUAUUUUGUAUUGACUAGACCAACAAUGUAUACAUUAUUUUUAAAAUAUUGGAAGUCAUUGGGCAUUUCAUGGAA